ACGUUCGACGUGGCGGUGGUGGGAGCGGGGAUCGUGGGGCUGGCGGCGGCGCGGGAGCUCGUCCGGCGGCACCCUGCGCUGGCCUUCGCCGUGCUGGAGAAGGAGCGGGAGCUGGCGCAUCACCAGACUGGACACAACAGCGGUGUGAUUCACAGUGGAAUUUACUACACGCCCGGGUCUCUGAAAGCCAAGCUGUGUGUGCAGGGUGCAGCCCUCUGCUACGAGUACUGCGACAAGAAGGGAAUACCCUAUAAACAGUGUGGGAAGGUACAGGAACUGCUGCGUGUUCUUUACCUUUGGAAACGGAGACUGCAUCAUGUCUGUUACAAUGUAUAGCACAGGCCUGGUAGGGGUCUUUCUCCCAAGAGAUGAGUUUCUGCGACACUUUUCCUGCAGGAUGAAUGUGCCUUUUUGGUUUAUUUUUUCCAGCAACUCUAAUCAGUUUCUUUUCUGGACCUAAAUAAUAAUUCUCCAUAUCUGGGGGCUGAGGUGCAAUACCCCAGGAGCAACACCCCUGUAGGGCCAUGAGCUCCACAGAGGCUCUGGGUGUGUGCGUGCUGUGCUUCUUGGCUUGUCAGGCUUUGAAAAGACACGGUGACUUCAAAACAGCUCCAGGUGUCACCCAGCUCCAUGGAUUUAUGCCGUCUUGCCUCCAGCGGACACAACCCGAAAUGCUGGGACAGAAGAGCGGCUGUACUGGUUCAGCUUGGGCUCUGCCCAGCCCUGUGUCCUGUUUCUGGAAAUGUCUGUAAACAGAGACUCGGGGAGGAAUGGGAACAGGACAAGCGAAUUAUUAAUUCUCCCAGCUCCCACCUGUUUUCAGCUCAGGUGGUUUUCUGAGGCUGAUCCGUUUUGUCUGUAGCGACUCGCAGUGGAUUUCCCUUCCGAGGUUUUUCCAUUAAAAGCUUUUGUGCCAGAGCAUGCUUUGAGCAGUUGCAGAGAUCAACAACCCACAGUGUCAAGAGUUCCAUCGUUUUGAAACUGUCUCCUACAAGCUUCAUCUGAUGGCCCCUAGCCCUUGUGUUCGAAGAGGUGGUGAACACUUCACCUGUGCUCACAAUUUCCAAGUUGCUGAUAAUUUUAUAUUCCCUCCUCCCCCAAAGUCGUCCCUUCCAGCUUAGUCUGCUCAGCCAUUCUUCUUAGUGAAGCUUUGUCUUGACUCUCCCCCCCGUCUUUGUUUUCUGAACCAUUUCUAGUUUAAUGCGUCUUUGAUACAAGCUCAUCGUAGCUGUUGAACAAGAUGAAAUCCCGAGGCUCAAAGCUCUGUACGAGAGAGGGCUGCACAACAACGUCCGAGGGCUCAAACUCAUCGGAGCAAAAGAAAUACAAGCCAAAGAACCCUUCUGCAGGGGGCUGAUGGCCCUUGAUUCGCCAUACACUGGCAUUGUGAAUUACAAACAAGUGGCGCAGUCCUACGCUGAGGAUUUCCAGGAAGCAGGUGGGACCGUCCUGACUGAUUUUGAAGUGACAGACAUGGAGAUGGCUAAAGAAAGCCCUUCAGGAAGUGAAGACGGACUGAACUACCCAGUCGUUGUUAGGAACUCAAAGGGUGAGGAAAUCUACUGUCGGCACAUCGUGACCUGCGCAGGGCUUUACUCAGACCGCCUGUCUGAGAUCAGCGGCUGCAGCCCCGAGCCUCGGAUCGUUCCCUUCCGCGGAGAUUAUUUGCUGCUGAAACCUGAAAAGUCCUAUAUGGUUAAAGGAAAUAUUUAUCCGGUUCCCAAUCCUCGAUUCCCUUUCCUGGGAUUUCAUUUCACGCCGAGGAUGGACGGCAGCGUUUGGCUCGGUCCUAACGCAGUGCUGGCCUUUAAGCGAGAGGGCUACAAAUGGCUCGACUUCAGCGCUGGAGAGUUUUUAGAUGCUGUAACCUACAGUGGUUUGUGGAGGCUUGUGCUGAAGAACUUGUCUUACGGACUGAGUGAGGUGUACAGAGCGUGCUUCCUCAGCGCUCAGGUGAAGGAACUCCAGAAGUUCAUCCCUGAGGUCACCGUCAAUGACGUACUCAGGGGUCCAUCCGGAGUGAGAGCUCAAGCACUGGACAGCGAUGGAAACUUGGUAGAUGACUUUGUAUUUGACGGAGGCAGUGGAGAUAUUGGAAGCAGAAUCCUUCAUGUCAGAAAUGCCCCUUCUCCUGCUGCUACCUCCUCCCUUGCCAUCGCAAAAAUGAUCGCGGAUGAAGUGAAGCAAAGAUUUGAAUUAUGAAUGAUGGACGGGCGUAGCGCGUGGAGCAGCUUGUCUGUGUUGAAUGAACUCUGCAGCCUUUAACGACAAAGAUAAAACGUGUUGCUUGCGAGAUCGGCGCCGGUACAGCUGUGCGGUGCAAAAGCGGCGUUCGAAAUGUUCACCGUCGCCGUUCCACGGCUUCUCGGCUUCAUGAACAAAGGAGUUAGGGGGCGUUUCGAGACCUGACGCGGUGCCACCGCCUGCAAGGAGGCAGCAAACGGCCCCGUUGGCAGUAGAGGUUUGAACACCUGCAUCCUUGAAUCGCCAGCACGAGGCGAGGGGCUCCCAGCACCGCACUGGGCUUUUCGAUGGAGCCAGAGGAGCCUCUGAGGUGGGGUUGCCCACACGCACUCCCCACGGCUCUGCUCUAAACGUUGUCUCCUCCUCCGCUCUGCAGAGGCGGUCGGUCCUCUGGACACCUCCAGGCAUGGAGGGGUUCACUGUGCGCUCCUCUGUGACUCCCAUCGGUUUGGAGUCUACAGGCCCCUGGCUUAUACCGAAGUGAUGGAGAUGGAUAAGCCCCACUUAAGGGUUCUGCUGAUAAGGAAUUAAGGGCUUUAUCAGAGACUGAAAACAAUAUUCAGGGCCUUCUACAUGAACGUAGAGUAUUUCAGAGAAAAAUAAGCCUCACAACAGAUUACCAAAUCCAAGUCAAUUUAGAUGUGCAAUUCAGAUACGCUAUCUGAUCACUGUCUCCAUUUUGUUAAAGAGCUGAAAUUAAAAUGUAUAUGUAAACAAUCAUGUUUCAUUUCACUGAAAUUUGGGAAGUCAGCACCAACCAGAAACUACCUCCAUGGGUUUUGGUUUUGUUUCUUCCUUUGAAUACCGGUAGCGCAAAAGGAGUUUAUCUCUGCGCAGCGCGUUGAGCGGCCCCAUGGAAAUGGUCUUUGUAAAAGGCGAUGUGGAGGGAGGGAAGGCCCAGAAGCCUGGUGAGUUGAGCCACUGCACAGUCUGCCCUCGCAGUCAGGAGGGGCUCCCGUUACCCAGGAGGGAGCUGAGGAAGCACCGGUUACUCUGCCGAACCCUUAUGGCUAUCUGAAGCCUUAUCAAAGAUGCUUCUGGGGGAGAGUCCGUGUGGAGAACAUGCUUUAAACUGCAGAGCAAUGUGCAACAAGUCGGGCACUAAGGUAACCGAGCAGCUCGCUGGGUUCUGCAUAAUUGCUACAAAAAGAAUUACGUGGCCCCAGGGACAAAGUGCUUGAGAAUACUGUUAAAGCAGAUGUUCGCAGGAUGUUGGGUAAUACAGAUAAUUGUGGGUAGUUUGCUACCAGGCAAUUUGCCAUACUCUGUAUUUUUUUAAAGCUAUUUUCUGUACUGAUGUGCACAGGGAGUGUGUUACAUGUGUCAGGUGUGCUAGCUGAUGGUUUCACUGCACAGAGCUGAGCUGCUUUUCAGGGGAAAAGGGCUUAACCUGUUCAUUUCUUUUAUAAUUUUUUUUCCUCGUGACAUCUGCUUUACCACCAAAGUGACUCCUGUAUAAUGGCAACCUGGAAAUGCAAAUAAUAAGCCCUUCAGAGCAGAGCUUUGUUCGUUAUUCUUAGCCACAGCGACACUAGACAGAGGUUGAGGUGCUCCGAGUGUAAAACGCCACGCGGCUGCGUAAAAGCGACGUCUUCACAAUGGAACAAUCGUAUCUGCGCUCCCCACCGCAAGUGUUGCCUAUCAACAGUAAAUACUACAAAAGGAUUGCAAAAGCAGCUUCUUCCCACAUGAGGUGUGGCCCUGACAUGUAUUAACAGAAUAAAGACCAUUAAAAUGUAAAGCAGUCAGAUACUACGGUGAGUCUGCAGUCAGCACAUUUAACUGUGCAGCCUUGCUGUGCUUUUUACUCUCAGGAGAUGAUUAUUUGGGGGUAGAGUUUAACUGAAGCUUUUAAAUGAUGGAUCUUUGUGUAGCAUUCUGUGAAAUAUUUGUAUUUUUAGAGAUAAAGUUAUAAACCUUUUUUUUAAAGGAAGAGCUUCAGAGGAUUAUGAUCAUGGGGUUUCAUGUAUGAAUCUUGUUGCCCACAAAGUGCGAAAAUGCGUGAAUAUAUUUUCCAAAAGGGUCUAAUUCACUUGGGUGGCUUUAAUAACUGCACCUUUCUCUGUUAUGAUUAAAAUAGUGCGGUGGUUGGUUUUUAA